AUGGGGAAGGAGAGGAAGUACACCGGCCUCACAAAGCACAGGCUGAUCGAGCACCUCCUGAGAAUAGUAAGUCAGAAGGAACCGGCCGAGAAUGAGCCCGUACCAGCUCCGUCGUCCUCUCCGGCGCCGGCGCCGGCGCCGCCGUCUAAACGGCAGAGGAAGAACGGCCGCCCCUCUCGCCUGCGGGUCGAGACGGGCGGCGGCGAAGUCGAUGGGGAGCACCGAUUCUGCCGGAAUUUGGCCUGCCAGGCGGCGAUGGGCGUGGGAGAGGCCUUCUGCAAGAGGUGCUCCUGCUGCAUUUGCCACAAGUAUGAUGAGAACAAGGACCCGAGCCUGUGGCUGGUCUGCGGCGGCUCUGAGGAUCUCUCCAGGGAGGGCUCCUGCGCCAUGUCUUGCCACUUGGAGUGCGCCCUGAGGCACAAGAAGUCGGGUAUGGCCGACAGUGGGCCCGCCCCCAAGCUCGAUGGGGCCUUCUACUGCGUGUCCUGCGGGAAAGUCAACGACUUGCUCGGGUAAUCCCUUCCUUCCUUCCUCCGCAUUGUCUGCACAUAUAGUUUCGAUCUGAUCUUGCUUCCUGUUCUUGAGAGAAAACCCAAGAUUAUUGUUUUAUUUGUUUUCUUGAGUAUUCGGCUCUUGAUUAUUCCUAUAAUCGCUCUCUGGGUUUUUGAUGAUCUCCUCAUUUAUCGGAGGUGAUGCUUGGAUAUAUGGGAGUGCCUGGGUUGACUCUCUGUGCUCGUCGGAGAUUCUGCUGGUCAAAAGGGAUUAAUGGGGACAUCCAAUUGCCCUUUUUGGAUUCAUGGGCUUUCUCAGAAAUUUUCAUCUGAAUGUCAACGCCAACACCUCCUUCUCCCCCUUUUUUCUCGUAUUUUUCUUCUUCUUCUUCUUCAACGCCAAACCCAGCUGCUUAAGUAUGUUUCUAGCUCAGAAAAUAUGCAUCUUUAAAGGGAUUUUUCCAGCAUUAGAUGCGUUGACCCUCGAAUGUCCUCAAGCUGCAUGCCAUAAUUGGAAAGUGUCUGUGAUUCUGGUCCACACGAUCCACGCAUGUGGAACAGAUUUUUCCAAAAUCGAAUUCUCUGUGGGACGUUGUUAGUGUGUUUUUUUUUUCAAAUGUUCUUCGGGAUGAUUCGGACCGCUUUUUUUUUUUUGUUAUCAAUUUGUUUACUGCGUUCUCUGGGCAGAUUUUUAUUCCGUUUUAAUCGAUUUUCUCUCUCCUCGCUCUUCCGGUGUCCGCAUACUUCGAGGGUAAUUUUGUCGUAGUGGGCUUUGAAAACUAUGCUCAAUUCGCUUUAUUUUUCAUGAUUUUAUCCUCCCUUUUCUCAGAUUUUAUACCCAGUUCCACGAUUAUUUAUACAUAUGCCCAGUUUCACUCAUAACACUGUAGAGAGAGAGAGAGAGAGAGAGAGAGGGGGGGGGGGUUGACUUGUUAUUUCUUUCACUAGGUGUUGGAGGAAGCAGCUUGUUUCUCUCAAAAUUUCUACCCAGUUCCAUGAUUUCAUGUAGAGAUUGAUAGAUAGAGAGAGAGAGAGAGAGAGAGAGAGAGAGGGAGAGAGAGGGGUUGACUGUUUGUUUCUCUCACUAGGUGCUGGAAGAAGCAACUUGCCGUGGCGAGGGACGCGAGAAGGGUGGACAUCCUCUGCUACAGGGUCUCCCUGGCCCACAAGUUCCUCCGUGGGACGGAGAGGUUCCAGAGCCUCCACUCCUUCGUCGACGCCGCCAUGAAGAAGCUCGAGCAGGAGGUCGGAGCUCUCGACGGCCUCCCCGUCAGGAUGGCCCGCGGCAUCGUCAACCGACUCUCCUCCGGCGCCGAGGUUCAGAGGCUCUGCGCCGACGCCAUCUCUCUCCUCGGCUCCAUUCUCCCUCGACCUCCGCCACCGCCGCCGCCGCAACGGUCGCCUCCGCUGGCGAGCCAGGUUGAGGUUCUCUUUCUUCAGGCGGCGGCAACCACCGCCGGCGAGGAGGGCGGCUCGCCUGAGUCGGAAACCCGGAGCCCGAAGAGCAGCGAUCCUCUGGUUCUCUCCGAAGGCGACGAGUCCGACAACACGGCGCCGUACGGGGACCCCGGAAAGCUCUCCGAGAACGGCGGCGAUGGCCUCGCCGGCGGCGGAGGGGAGGAGGAGGAGGAGGAGCCGAGCUCUACGAUCCAGACGGACUCCCACAAGGACUCCUCCAACUCCACGGACCUAAACCAGCCGGCAGGGGGGAAGGAAGCGGCGGCGGCGGCGGCGGUGCUCCCGAUGACGCCGUCGAAGGUGGAGAGCUCCAAGGACGCCGGCGGCGGAGUGGAAGAGCUGCUGCGGGGAAAGAAGGUGGUCGGGGCGAGGAGGGAGGAGCUCCGGGGGAAGGUGAUGGAGGAGGAGAAGGAGGGGAGCUACGAGUACUGCGUGAAGGUGAUAAGGUGGCUGGAGUGUGAUGGGCACAUAGAGAGCAGCUUCAGGGUGAAGUUUCUUACCUGGUUCAGCCUCCGAGCGACGGCGGCGGAGCGGCGCGUGGUGAGGGUCUUCGUGGACGCCAUGGCGGACGAUCCUUCGAGCCUCGCCGGUCAGCUCGUGGACACCUUCUCGGAGGCCAUCUGCAGGAAACCCCCUCCCCUUCCCCUCUCCGGCUUCUGCACCAGGCUCUGGCACUGA